AACAGUCAAAGGGAAAAUCAAACCACACAUUAUAGUUUUUUUCUCUCUAUUUGAAAUGGCCCCUCAUUACAAAUUGUUGCACAGAAAAUAUUUCUGGUGCUUCCCAUUUCAAUCAAGAAGGGAGGAGGAGAAAAGGAAAAAGAAGAACAAAGGCACAUACCUAAACACAACCAUGCAGGCCACCAGCCGUGCCGCCUUCCUCCUCCUUACUAUCUUCCUCCUCCACAUCUCAACCAACCAUGCAACCUUCACACCGAAGGAGAAGAUCAUCGUGGUGACCAACAACCACACCAACUACCUCAGUGUGCGGUGUUUCUCCUUCAACAACGAGUUUGAUGUGGUUCACCUGCCAUCGUGGGGCCAAUACAAGUUCAGAGUGAGGAAGAGAUACAUAUACCCUUCCUCCACCAUGUUCAAUUGCUCCACCAACAUGGGCACCUUCGUCGCCUACAAAUUCGACUAUGAGUGCAGUAAGGAUAAGUAUGAGAGUUGUGAUUGGAGGUUUGAUGAAGACAGCUCAUAUCGAUGGGAGCCUAAGGUUAAAUCUUGGGUUUCAUAUGAUUAUGCUCCCAACUAUGAGUCCCUUAACAGAGGUGGUGUUAUCCAAGGAUACUUUGCUAACUAGGAAGUCUGCAGAGCCGCAUGUGCUAUGAGGACGGUAUGUGAACCACAUUCUAAUUUGUGGCUCAACUUCUUGAGUUUCUGCAUAUGAACUGUGUCACAGAUAUGCUAUGUUUAUAGCAAUGUUCAAAAGCAUAAAAAAUUCAAUGAAGUCCAACUUAUAGAA